ACGAAGAGGCGCCGCAAUGCAGCGAGUAAGGAGGGUGGCGAUAGCGGCAGGGGCAGGGGCGGCAAUACUGAUGCUGCUGCUCGUUUCCAGUACAUAUAGAGGGCAGACGAUGCUAUCAUCUUCCUCCUCCACUUCCUCCUCCACUUCCACUUCCACUGCCACUUCCUCCUCGGUACACCCUUGGGCAUUCAAGCCCACGAAGUUUGGUCCCCUCAGAAGAAAGGAGUGGCAGUCGUCAAGGUAUCAAGUGCUGACAUUGUGGCACAUUGCCGAGCGAUCGACAGAGACCUGCAUGAAUGCUGAGGACAUGCUUUACCCCAACCUGGAAGACAACAACUGCCAAGAUGUUGACCGUGCUAUGAAGUUAUUGCAGACAUGCAUGCGAAACCAACGUGAUGGUAUGCAGAACCUUGCAGACUCUAAGAAUGGCAUGUGGGACGCUUUGCCCAAGCUUGUCUACAUGACACAUGCCCUGAGCGAGCAGGAUCGCAGCAUGAUAGAGAAGAAGCUUGGCAGCAGUGUGGUGUUCUACACGCUUGCACGUCUAGAGGCCUUGCACGCCAAGUGUCAUGAUAUGGUGAUCUCGACUCGAGAGAGAAAUUUGGAUGCUCAGCUGCUCAACAACCACGGCAAGUUGGACUCAAUUCUUCGGUUAGAGAACAUGAUCCGCUACAUGCGCAAGGCUGGAGCCGUUUUGCCGGAGGCUUAUCCCAUGGGAGCAGCUGGGGAGUGGGGGGAGAACUCUGUAGCUCGCUAUCGCAUCGCACCUAGAGCAAGAUUCGUCUUCAGCGGAAGGAACGAUCCCUUGCGACGAGCGGCGAGACGAGGGUAUAUUCCACAGUAUGCCCCGGGAGCCUGAGAGCAGCAUGGACAACGGGAUCCAGUCACCAGGCUUUGUUUGAGCUCCAUGCUGCUGUGUUCACAGUAGGCUGGGUCACAGAAUGUACAUAUACUGCGCUUUCAGGCCGUUUUUGUUUCAGGCGUUCCAACCUUGGGUAUACAUUUUCGAGAACGGUCCAACGCGAGAGGGGAGUUGAAUACAGUCUUGGUUUUGCUCUGUUUCAUGAUAAGUUAAUAUAGACGGAAAGUUGC